GUCCUCCGCGCCGCCAGGGGGCGGCAGCGCAGCCGCGGCGCGUCCCGGACGCUGCGUCAGCGCCAAUGGAGCGGCGCGAGCGGGAGGCGGGAGCGGCCGGCCGCUAGAGCACCCCCCGCCAUGGGCCAACGCCCCCCGUGAGCCCCCGGCCCGGGCCCGGCGGUGCUGGCGGCGGUGGGGGGGGGGGCGCGGCGGAGGAAUUUCCCCCCCCCCCCCAACCCUGGGACCCCCGAGAGAGCGACAGCCAUGAGCGCCCCCCCGCGGUCGGAGCUCGCCGCCGCCGCCGCCGCCCUGCUGCGCCUGGGCGAGGAGCGCCCCCCGGCGGCCGCCAUGAACCUGCUGCAGCGCAAGGGCCGCCCCGAGUGGCGCCCCCGCGAGGAGGAGCCGCGCAAGGGGGUCCCCAAGGCGCGGGACGGGGGGUCCCUGCGUCGCCCACUGCGCGUGGGGUUCCUGACCCUGCCAGCGCCGCAGGAACGCGGCCCCCGGCCCUGUGCCCCUGGCAUGGCCCCCCGCUCCCUGUCCUGCCACGCUGUGGGGCUCCCGGACUCGGGGGUACCCCUGCGCCCCCCUGGGCCCCGCACCGGGCCCCCCGAGGGCCGGGGGCUCGAGGCACCGCCCGCCAAGAGAGGUGGCACCCCCCGGGGGGGCUGCGUGCGGCAGACGCCUCCCCUGAAGCCCUCGCGCAGCCCACAGACCCGGCUGUCGGCCGGGGCCCCCCCACCCCCCCUGGCCGAGCAGGGGGAGGGGGAGGAGCCCGUAUACAUCGAGAUGGUGGGGGACGCCCGGGGGAUCCCGGGGACGGAUCCCCGGCGGGGGGGGGCCGGGAGGAGCACCCCCCCUCCCGCCGAGGAGCCCGAAGCCAUUUAUGAGGAAAUGAGCUGCCCCCUGCCCGCGGGGGAGGGGCCGGGACACGCCCCUUUCCAGGGACACGCCCCAUUCCACGGACACGCCCCCCACACCGCCCACGCCGCUUUCAGUGGCCACGUGCCGCACUCUGGCCACGCCCCCUACACCGGCCACGCCCCCUUCUCUGGCCACGCCCCUCACGCCGGCCGUGCCCCCUUCAUAGGCCACGCCCCCUUCUCCGGCCCCGCGCCCGGCCCCGCGCCCAUCCCCCCGCCCUUCCCCAACCUCCUCCGCCCCGCCCCCCCCCGCUGGCCCCGCCCCCCGAGGGCGCCUCGCGCCUGCCGCUCCCCUCGCGCCGCGAGGCCCCUCCCCCCGCCCGCGCGCGCAGCCACUCCACGCCCCUCCCCCCGCACCACGCGCCGGGAGGGGCGGGGCGCGAGCGCGGGGGGGCGGGGCUCGGGCCGCUGCCGCUCCCGCCUUCCGCCGAAGCCCCGCCCCCCGGAAAGCGCCCGCCCGCCUACGAGAGCCUGCGGGGGGGGCGUGGCCUCGGGAGGCCCCGCCCCGGCCCGCGAAGAGGACCCGCCCUCACGCCGAGGGGGCGGAGCCUCCUCCCGGCGCGGGAAGGAGACCGAGAAGGCGCCGGAGCCCCCCCGGGAGGAGCGGGGGGGGGCGGGGGCCGUUCCCCCCCCCUCGGGGAUCCCCGUCCGGGCCGAGGGGCCCCGGGGGCGGCCGGGACCCCCCCUUCCCUGCCAGACCUUCCCUGCCUGCGGGAGACCCUCGGAGCUCCCCGGGGGUCCCCGCCUGGGCCGCUCCGCCUCCACCUCGGGGGUGCGCCAGGCCGGGGCCCCCCCGUUCCCACGCGGUCCCCCCUCAUCGCGCCCCCUCUCCGGAGGGGUCCCCGGCGGGGGUCCCGGGGGGGGGUUCCCCGCCGCCCCCCGGCCCCGGGACGGGCAGCUGCAGGAGGUGAUCGACCGAAAACGCUGCGUCUGCACCGAGAUAAAGGCGCGGGGGGGCGGGGGGGGGGGGCUGUGCAAGCAGGACAGCCUGCCCCCCCUGCCCGCCCCCCCCGCCUGGAAAGGGGGGGCCGCUCCCGAGGGCCGCCCCCCGCCCCCGCCGCCUCCCGGCACCCCCCCGGCCCGCCGGCCCCACGCCGUGCUCUGGGACACCGCGAUCUGA